ACCGCAUGUAGGCCUACAGAGUGAGCUCAGUCUGUUAUGGUGGCAGCUACAAAACUUGACUAAAUAAUGGAUAUUCAGUAUAUAGUGUUGUUGUCAGACCUAUUCCACAAGCACGGGGAGAUAACGGUGACUCUUUAUCAGGACUUUCUGGUGUGGAAGGACAUUGGGAAGAACUUGAAGGGAAGUUCUGGCAGCGUUUCCCCAACAGCUCACAGCCACACGGUUCACGUGCGUGAAAUCGUGGCCGUGCACAAGACGGACACGAGCGACCCGACGAAGGCAAUAAAACACCUCCAGCUCAAUCCGCACGCAUUUACAGUUUUUUACGUGAGCAGGAUGACGCAGCAUCAGUGGCAAUGCGGCCACAUCACCUUUUACUCGGACAACCUGGGACUUUGCCAGCAAUGGAUUCAAACCAUCAAUGAUCAACUGUCAACACAAACCAAUCGGCCCAAGAGCCUGCUGGUGUACAUCAAUCCCUACGGCGGGAAGCGGCAGGGGAAGCACAUUUACGAUCAGAAGGUGGCGCCACUGUUUUCCCGAGCCUGCAUCGCCACGGACGUGAUUGUUACAGAACGAGCCAAUCAUGCCAGAGAUCACUUGAAAACAGAAGCAAAUCUAGAUAAAUAUGAUGGAGUGGUGUGUGUGGGCGGGGACGGGAUGUUCAGCGAGAUUCUGCACGGUCUGGUCACCAGGACCCAAUCGGAGCACGGCAUAGACCCGAACCAGCCUGACGCCCAUUUGGCGCCGUGUUCCCUCCGCAUCGGCAUCAUCCCUGCAGGCUCCACCGAUUGUAUCUGCUUUGCUACAGUGGGAACCAACGAUGCGGUUACAUCCGCCUUGCACAUCAUCGUAGGUGACUCCCAACCCAUGGACGUGUGCUCAGUGCACCACAAUGACACGUUCCUCAGAUAUUCCGUGUCGUUGUUGGGUUACGGCUUCUACGCCGACGUUCAGACUGACAGCGAGAGGCAGCGAUGGCUGGGCCCGGCUCGCUAUGACCUGUCAGGAGUAAAGACCUUUCUGAGUCACAACUAUUAUGAAGGCACCGUCUCGUUCGUUCCGGCUGAGGACAAUGUGGGGAACCCCAGGGACAAGGAGCAAUGUCGGGCUGGGUGCCGCGUCUGCCAGCGCAAGACCUCGUUACAGCAGCCGCACGACGACAAACCGUCGCACACAGGCAGUGACACUUGGACCGAGAUACGCGGGAAAUUCAUCGCCAUCAACGCUGCCAACAUGAGCUGCGCGUGUCCCCGCAGUCCGCAGGGCCUGUCGCCCUCCGCCCACCUGGCCGACGGCACCGCCGACCUCAUCCUGGUGCGCAAGUGCUCCCGCUUGGACUUCUUCAAACACCUCCUGCGGCACACCAACAAGGAAGACCAGUUCGACCACUCAUUUGUGGAGGUCCACCGGGUGCGCAGGUUCCGCUUUCAGCCCCGCCACAAUGAGCCGGUCUCACUGGAGGACCUGAGUGAGCCCCAGAAGAAAGUGGACCUGAGUCCCUGUUGCUCCAGAUGCCACUACGCCAGCUGCACCUGCAGCCGCUGGACAUGUGACGGCGAGAUCCUUCCCCACGUCGCCAUCCAAGUCAGUGUCCAGUGCCAGCUGAUCAGACUGUUUGCCCGUGGGAUCGAGGAGAAGAAUCAGAACCAGAGUCCACCGUGGCUUCUGGAAGCAGGAGCACAUCGAUCUGUGGACUGAAAGCUGGGCAGGAUGGAACUUUGGCGGAGUAAUUCAUAUCUGAUCCAGGCUUCAAGGAGCCACGAGAGAUGAUGAAGGCUAAUCGUAAAAACAACCCAGGAGAUGCAGAUACAUUUGAAAGACUCGCUGAGGCUUUAAUGCUAAUUCCCUUUCUUUUUUUUUUUGACGAUGACAAAAUAAUGUUUUCAUCUGUGACCCAGGUGAGAGCAGAUGUGAGUCAGGGGGACCUUUUGAAAAGAGCCCAUCUAAUACACUAACAGGACCCUGAUGAUGUAUUAUGGGUAAUAAGGCAAAGUGGUUGCUAAGUGGUGUGGUGUGUCUCAGCACUGCUGCGACACACCUGUGGCUCCGCUUCGGCUAAAAGCGAAGCGCUCACUCGCUCGGCGGAGAUUAGGCCAAAUUAGAUAUUUUUCCGUCAUUAGAGACUUUUUGCUCAGAUGGGCUCCGAUGUCAAGCCAGUCUUGAUGUCUCUGAAGAAAGGUCACAGAAGAUUUGGGAAAUAUUUUUUUAAAUCAGGGAUAUUUAUGCUACUGCAUUUUCAGCCUGUAUAUCACAUGAUGCGGGUGCCUCAACCAAUCAGUGGACAUCAGUGACUAGCUCCACUUCAGGGUUCCAAAAAGGUUUAAAUGUGUGUUCUUUUGGUUUGGGCAAUGGAAAUGAAGUGUUCUACCAUGGAGUCCACUGACUCCUAUUGUAGAAGUUUCCCAUCAGAAUGAAUGACCGCCAGCUUCUGCACUUAGUUCAAGGUUCUUAGGAGCAAUCAACAGACAGCAGUGCGUCGAGCUCCACCCUUUAGGUUCCAUAGUGCAGUUGGUACCCCAAUGAAAGUCUUGUGAGUAUGGUAACAAUUUGCUAUUUUGGUUUGGAAAUGUAAAUGUAAUAAUAAAGUCUAUCUAGCGCGUGAGAAGAUGCCUGAGGAAUGGAGGAAAAGUGUGCUGGUGCCCAUUUUUAAGAACAAGGGUGAUGUGCAGAGCUGUGGGAACUAUAGAGGAAUAAAGUUGAUGAGCCACACAAUGAAGUUAUGGGAAAGAGUAAUGGAGGCUAGACUCAGGACAGAAGUGAGUAUUUGCGAGCAACAGUAUGGUUCCAUGCCUAGAAAGAUCCCUCAUUUGCCUUGAGGAUUGUUGAUGGAAAAGUACAGAGAAGGUCAGAAGGCGCUACAUUGUGUCUUUAUAGAUCUAGAGAAAGCCUAUGACAGAGUACCCAGAGAGGAACUAUGGUACUGCUUGCGGAAGUGUGGAGUGGCAGAGAAGUAUGUUAGAAUAAUACAGGACAUGUACAAGGGCAGCAGAACAGCGGUGAGGUGUGCUGUAGGUCUGACAGAAGAAUUUAAGGUGGAGGUGGGACUGCAUCAGGGACCAGCCCUGAGCCCCUUCCUGUUUGCAGUGGUGACGGAUAGGCUCACAGAUGAGGUUAGACUGGAAUCCCCGUGGACCAGGAUGUUUGCAGAUGACAUUGUGAUCUGCAGUGAAAGCAGGGAGCAGUUAGAAAGAUGGAGGCAUGCACUGGAAAGAAGAGGAAUGAAGAUUAGCCGAAUUAAAACGGAAUAUAUGUGCAUGAAUGAGAGGGGUGGUGGGGGAAGAGUGAGGCUACAGGGAGAAGAGAUAGCAAGGAUGGAGGACUUUAAAUACUUGGGGUCAACCAUCCAGAGCAAUGGUGAGUGUGGUCAGGAAGUGAAGAAACGGGUCCAAGCAGGUUGGAACGGGCAGAGGAAGGUGUCAGGUGUGUUAUGUGACAGAAGAGUCUCUGCUUGGAUGAAGGGCAAUGUUUAUAAAACAGUGGUGAGGGCAGCCAUGAUGUACGGAUUAGAGACAGUGGCACUGAAGAGACAACAGGAAGCAGAGCUGGAGGUGGCGGAAAUAAAUAUGUUGAGGUUCACUCUCGGUGUGACCGGGAUGGAUCAAAUUAGAAAUGAGCUCAUCAGAAGGACGGCCAAGGUUCGAUGUUUUGGAGACAAAGUUAGAGAGAGCCGACAUUGAUGGUUUGGACACGUCCAGAGGAGAAAUUGUGUGUAUAUUGGUAGAAGAAUGAUGAGGAUGGAGCUGCCAGGCCAGACAGCUCGAGGAAGACCAAAGAGAAGGUUGAUGGAUGUCGUGAGGGAAGACAGGAGGGCAGUUGGUGUUCAAGAGGAGGAUGCAGGAGAUAGGCUUACAUGAAAAAGGAUGACGCGCUGUGGCGACCCCGAAAGGGACAAGACGAAAGCCCCAACUCUGAUGUCCAGACCUCCUCCAUGUGAACUUCAGGAAAGAAGAACAUCAGUCUUGGCACGAAGAUGGCUUCGGCCGUGUCCCAAAUCAUCAGUCUCCGAAUCCGUCUCGAGAACUUGGAAUGACGUCAAAGCCAGCCGCUGGUUCGAAGUCAUCGAAGGAAAGGACGACGACAUCAUUUGCACCUAACACCAGGGGUCACCGAGCCGAAGCCCCUUCUGCAACAUCCAUGAUGACGUCCAGGUCCGCAUUGGCCUGGGCUCUGCUGCCUUCGGAAGGCUUAGUUCCGGAGUUCCUGGAGCAGGAACCUCAGCAUCUCCACCAAAGCAGCUGUGUACAAGGCAGUUUGCCUGAUGGCCACACCUGGAGUUCUACCUGCUCCCAGGGAAUUGCUCACCUUCAGCAGCUGGCCACAGGUGCUGUACGGCUCACACCCUCCACUGCCGCCUACCUCUGUCCCUCAUGUGGCCAGACCUGUGAAUGCCGCAAUUGCCUGUACAGCCACAUGGCUAUGCACUACCACAGUACACCGAAAACAAAUCUAAAUUCCUGGUGAUUAUUGACCAAGCCCAUUCUUUUUCUCUCUCUUUCUCUCUCUCUCUCUCUAUACAUAUAUCUAUAUAUACAUAUACACACAUAACACACACACAUCAUUUUUCACAAUCACAAUGUCCCAUCCCUGGGCAACUUUCUAGAACAGCCAUGGGGCCGACUGUGGUUCUUGAGGCUACAUGGCGCCUGUGGGCACUACGUUGGUGACCCACCUACAGCAAAGAGUUGUUUAGAAAAAUCGACUUAUGGCUUUUCUUUUUUCAGAAUAAACAGGUUGUAAUACAUUAUCAUGUUAACAGAGGUUUCUGGUUGAAAACUUGUUUCGCUUUUGUCAGGACAGAAAUGCUUCUUCAACGUUUUAAUUGGCUAUGUUCAAUGAGAGAUUUUUAGCAUUUCUGUCAGUUAUUACACACAUUAAUUUGAUUUCAUAUACUGGUACUGUAUAGUUACACCCUGUAGUUGUACAUUAACUUGGUUGCUUGACUUUUCUGGAGAUCAAUA